GUCUAUUAUGUACUACGUUUCUGAUUGUGGUAUUAUCAUUAUAUAUCAGUAGGCAUCGUGUACUAGACUCUUUGUUUAUGGUAUAAGCUGAUUUCUUUUCGUACUGUACGUAAGAGGAGUGAUCGUAAAGUAUUUUAUUUGGUUAACCAAAUUAAAAAUUUAGAAACAUGCCGACCUAUGAAAUGCCAUUAUUAUUACGACUUGGAAAAAAGGCUGAAUAUGCAAAUAUUUUAAAAACUGUAGCAGAAACAAUAUUCAGUGUAGGAGGAUUUAUUAGGACAAUAGAAAAUUGGGGUGAAAAGGAGCUUCCAUGUAAGGCAUCGAGUCAUGGUCAAGUUCAUAGAAAAGCUGGUCAUUUUUUCAUGUCCUUCGAUGUCCCACCAGCAUCAACAUUUAAAAUUCUUGACGAAUGCCAACGGAACUUGAGUAUUGUUAGGGUAAAAAUAUAUUUACGUAAUGAACCGCCUGAAAAUGUAGAGUGUACAUUUGGGGACGAGAUGUUGCCUCCACCUUACAGACCUAGUGUUAAAAAAAUGCUUGAGCAAAGUGAAAAAGAAAAGAAUAAGAAGAAAAAACAAUUUGAGUAUAAUUCUGGACUUGAUUAUUACCCUUUCCUUAGGUAAAUAUUAACCUUUCCAUAAGUAAAUCAUUAAUUGUUAUUUAUUAUAUAUAGCAAUAUGUAUGUACAGUUUGUAAUAAUAAAAUGCGUGCAAACAUG